AUGUCAUUCUUUGGCUUUGAUACGACUCUGCCAAGGGAUCGCCGUUCUGGUCCACAGGCGCGCGGCAUUUUCGAGAAUCCUGAUCCGUUUGCGCAGGUUGCCAGCGCCACCGCGCAGGAAGAUGACGAUGCAAUUGAUUUCGAAGACACGUACGAUGGCCUGGGUGACCAGUUGGACGAGGACCAAGAUGCUUUUAACGAUGAUACGUUUGGCGGAGGAGAUGACCAGGACAAGCCUGUGGGGAAAGAUUUUGAUUUCUACGGGAACACCGCUCAAAUGACAAAUGUCCUCGAUGAAGAGCAGAUGCUGUAUAAGUUGAAACAUCCCCCGACUGAGUCGAAGUCGAAAUCUCAAGCACCAGCUCUGGCCAAGCCGAAGAGGACUGGUUACGAACUCUACCAGGACCCAGGUUAUAUUCCGGAGAUCCAGGCAAAAUCUGCUGUUUGGGGGACAAAUGUGGGGCAAAAGGCUAAGGCAUACGAUGGUGCCCAGACUGUCAAGGCUGCCGCACCUGCGAAGAAGAUAAUGAGUUUGGAGGAAGUUGAGGCGCAAAUGCGAGCACAAAGCAAGAAACCACAAGCAACUGAGCAGGUUUCUGCCCCUCCACCGCAUUCGACCGCUCCUCGAUUCCCAGGCGCCAUUCCACAGGUGACAGUUCCUCUCAGCAUGUCUACGAUGCCGUCCAUGCCUCCACACGAAAGACCAAUUGCUCCGCCCGAUAGUGUGCCUCCCAUAUCUCUUCAGGAGUUUCCUCCACUUGAUCAACAGCAGCAAUAUGCUCAGCUAGGGCAGGAUGCCCUUGCAGCUCAGGCAUUCCAACGCCAGCAAACUGUCCUUCCUAUGGUGAACAUGGGUCCACACUCUGGAAUGCCCCCUCCAGCAAUGCAUCAACCAAGUCGACCAUCCCUUAAUGCACCUCUACAUCGUUCAAUGCGACAAGUCCAGGCUCACCAUCCAAAAUCACAGCCCCAUAUGGGUCCUCCUGCUUCAUUGCCCCCGGCGUCCGGAAUGCCUCCUAAUAUCCAUAUGACCGAAGAGCAGAAGCAGGCAUAUUUAAUCGAGGAUGCAAAACGAGCCAAGCGGAAUCACAAGAUAUUCCUUCUUUCCAAAGGGAACGGUUUAAUGACUCCACAAGAUAAGAAUUUCAUUACCCGUAUACAAUUACAGCAGCUAGUUGCCGCAACAGGAAACGUGACAGAGCCUGAUGGCGAGGCAUCACUGGCGGAGGACUUUUAUUACCAAGUCUACAGCCAGAUCCGUGGGGCUCCAAGGCAACAUCCUCGUCAGCCGUUGGGUCACUUUGCACAAACAUACCUAUUUCAAACCGGAGGGCGAUCUGCAGGGGGACUGGGCAGACGUCAAUUUUAUACUGGAGACAAUCAUAUGCAGCGGAUGCAACAGCAGGUUCAGCGGGCGGUGGAAGCAGCAAAACUGAGACCAAAAAACAAGCAACUGAUAAUUGAAGGGAGCCUUGGUAAAAUAUCGUUUAGCAAUGCCAAAACACCUAAGCCGCUGUUGAACAUCACGCGCCCUGACAGCUCUGACGGCCAGAAAGUCUCCAAUCACAAAAGAGGGGGACAUACAGCACUGAGUGCCAGUGACCGCAAGUCUAUAUUGAACAAUAUCGAAAGCGUAUAUAGCACCCUGAUGCAGAUGGAAGAUUACGAACGGAAUAUGCCCCUAUCUCCAAAUGAAAAUGAUCCUACAUCUGUCGAGAAGCAUAUGGAAUGGAGACAACAAAUGCAUGCCCUCAACAAGAAGCUCUGGUCAGACAUGAAGGUACUAGAGCCAAUAGUUCCCGGAUCGUCUACCCCGCAUCCCUUCAUCGCGUUCUUGUCCUAUCCCAAGGGCAAAAAGGCCAUUCCACGUAUUUUCCGCCAUAUCGAUCAGGAACAACGUGUCACCAUCCUCACCAUGAUCGUUGUUCAUCUUGAUUCUUUGGAUGUUGUGCAUCGAGCACAACUUCGCCCUGGAGAAACUCAGCCACCCUUGGCGGUCCGAGAAGAAAUUGACCUGUUUUCACAUGCUGUCAUGCCCAGUCUCCUUGGGUAUGUUAACGAAGCGCCGAUUAAUAUCAUCACCGGUCUGCUAGGUGUCGUAAUUGGGCAGACCCAUGUACAAACAGUGGCGAAGACUAAAGUUGGCCUUGGAGUUUUGACCAUGUUGCUCAGCCGCGCGGAAUUGGUUAAGGUUUCUGGCGCCGUGGACGAUGGGGAAUGGAAACCAUGGACAGAGUUGUACAACAACUUGUUUGAUCGACUCGAGCCCGUAUUUGGCGAUAUUUUCCCCGGAUCGAUUAAUAGUGGCGAUGAUAUGUACAUAUGGCAGUUCCUCGCUGCUGUAGGUAUUGGCGCUAGCCCAGAACAGCAGCAACGGUUGGUGAUUGCUGUAAAGGAUCGAGUUAUGGAAACCGUUGCUCAGAGCAAAACCCUGCCAGCGGACAUGGCUAGUCAACGUCUGGGCAACGUCAACUUGUUCAUGCGAGCUAUCGGACUUGAUGUCGAACUCUUGGGAUAA